AUUCAUUCGAUUAUUUACUAUUUUUCCUGAAGGUCAUGUACAUUUUCCUUUAUCUCGUGUACACAUUAACAGAAACCACCAGUACUGAGGUAGUGGAACUAUGGACAUCAGCCAUAGCCAAAGAACUAGGGACUGGUUGGGGGCAAGGAUUCAACGAGCAGGCCUCCAAGAAUGGGGACUACUGAGUGAUUCCACACACGUGGAGAAGUGUGGCUGCCACCCACAGUUCUCAACUUGAAAUCUGAGUUCAGAACCAAGGGCUAGGUUUAGAAGUUACUGUGAACUGUUCAAGAGAAUGCUCUCUACACGUCACCAUCAAUUUGCAUCAUGGACUAAGCCAGCAGAUUCCAUUCAUGGAGACUGCAGACAGGAAAUGGGGAACAGACUAAGCCAGCAAACCGCAGAAAAUGGAGACUGGACUGGAAGUGGAGAAGGGAUUCCUAUGUGGACUUGUGGGCUGAACCACCGGCUAAGGACUGGUGCUCUGUCAGAGACAGAGUGAUUCAUUAACCUUGGGCUGGAAAGGCAAUUCAAUUUGGAGCUCUAAUGCCAAAAAGAGCAGACCUUAAACCAAGAUGGACUUAGCAAUGUGCCUUGGAAAUGCUGAGAAAGACAAUGACUCAAAAGUAUUCAUGGGAUGCCACACUUGUGUUUCUUGUUGUCCCCAAAUACAGUCAGAGUUCGCUUUGGAUCUAGACACUGCCACCAAAUCUGUUUAAAAAAAUUCAACCGCGUGAAUUCUAAAACCUAGUUAGCUUUAUUAUGUAAUUUUUGAAUUGCGGAGCAUUCCAUCUAGCAAACAAAAAGGAGCUCCAUUGAGCUGAGAAACUGGAAAGAUUUUUUUAAGUGAAGAGAGAAAGCAGAAAAACAAUUAUUAGCAAAGAAUCCACUGUUUUAGGCAAGGUUGCCUGGCUAAGAGGAGAGAGGGGAUCCGUCAGUCCAGUUUUUAGUGCUGACCAGGAAAUUUCCAUGGUGACUGGUGAUGGAUUACAUCCCUGGGGGUUGAAAUUGCUCUCAGUGCCCUCUAGUGCUCAGCCAUGGGUCAGUCCACUUCCACAACAUCUGAUACAGAUGGUGGUCGUUUGGCUCUCAGCUUUGACAAAUUUUUAAAGAAUUUCAAGUUGGAAAGCACAAUAGUCUCUCAGGACACCGUCAGGAAGAUUCAAUCACACCUGGAGGAAGGAGACCUUCAGAGUGCAGUUUCUACAAUAAAUAAACUAUUGAGAGACAUCGACAGUGCUUCACUGAACAUUGCUGUGACUGGGGAGUUUGAUUCAGGGAAAUCCAGUUUCAUCAAUGCCCUGCUGGGGGUGGGGCAAGAGGAAGAAGGGGCUGCCGAAACUAGGCCAGAGGAGACAACCGUGGUGAGAACCCCCUACAAACACAAGAAAUUUCCCAAUGUGACAUUAUGGGACCUGCCUGAAAUUUGGACCACUGAAUUUCAUGCACACAAGUAUCUGCAGGAAAUGAAAUUUGGUGAGUAUGACUUCUUUAUUAUCGUGUAUGCUAAACGUGUCAAACAUAACGAUGUGCAGUUGGCUACAGCAAUUAAAAAAAUGAAGAAGAAUUUCUACUUUGUCCGAACUAAAGUGGACAGUGAUAUAUAUCAUCUAAAAGUGAGUAAACCCUCCACAUUCAAUAAGGACGAACUCCUGCAAAAGCUCCGUGAUGACUGUGUGACACAUCUGAAGAAUGUCAAUAUACGGGAUGUUCCGAUCUUCUUAGUCUCCUGCUUUGAGUUGUCUAGCUAUGAUUUCCAAAGCCUAGAGACCACCCUUCUGAGGGAGCUCCCAGCCCACAAGCGCCACAUCUUCACGCAAUUCCUGCCGAAUGUGACCGAGGCCGCCAUUGACCGGAAGAGGGACUCUCUGAAACAGAAGGUCUGGUUGGAGGCCCUGAAGGCUGGCGCAUCUGCCACCAUCCCUUUGGUGGGCUUCCUCAGUGAAAACGAUGUGGAGACUUUAAAGGAGACUCUAACUCUCUACAGAUCUUACUUUGGACUGGAUGAUGCAUCCUUAGAAACCGUGGCCAAGGACUUGCACGUGUCGGUGGAGAAACUCAAGGCAAACCUUAUGUCACCCCACUUGCUCUCAGUUGAAAAGGAUGAUGAGUCUUUAGGGGACAAACUGUUGAGAUGUUUGGAAAAAAUCUGCUCUAUUAGUGGAGGUCUCAUUGCCACUGGUCUUUACUUUCGGAAGAUAUUCUAUUUGCAAAAUUAUUUCCUUGACACCGUGGUGAGGGAUGCAAAGCUUCUUCUUAAGAAAGAAGAGAUUCUUAAGGACUCUGAGGGCUCUGAGCAAACCUACAUGCAUCAGGAGGUCAGGGAUGAAAAUGGGAAAAGUGAGGCAAGUAGCUCCUGAAUUAUUCUUGGUGUUGGCAUGGCACUGGUGCCUGGAAAGUUGACAUAAGGCUUCCUUGAAGCAAUCUUGACCCACUGCCCUCAGAAUAUCACAGACAUUUCCAUAAUUCACUCUUGAACAAACUACAGACUUAAUGACUAUAAUUUGACAGUGAAGGCAAUAAGCUCUCAAGAAUCCUUUCAUAUGAUCUUUCUUGGGAAAAUGAAGGACACAAGUCUGCAAUUUUCCAUUAUUAGAGAGAAUAACUCUUUGUGUGAUGGUUACUUCAUACCAGGCACUGAUCUUCCUAAUGACAUACUAGUAACAAAUGGCUGUGCAUACAGUAGGUCCUCAAAAAUACUUUUUACACUUUUAAUGUUUGUUUAUUUUGAGAGAGAGUGACAGAGACAGAAACAGAGACAGAAACAG